CCUAAUUCCUUCGCUCACGGCCGCCCAAUCUCUCCGUCCCUCUCUGUCUCUGUCCAAUUCUCAGAUCUUAGAAACCCUAACGGCCGCCGCCCCUCCGUCGCCAUGGCUCUCUCCGUCGACAAAGCCGCGAGCGGCCGCGAGUACAAGGUCAAGGACAUGUCCCAGGCCGACUUCGGCCGCCUCGAGAUCGAGCUCGCGGAGGUCGAGAUGCCCGGCCUCAUGGCCUGCCGCGCCGAGUUCGGCCCUUCCCAACCCUUCAAGGGGGCUAGGAUCACCGGAUCCCUCCACAUGACCAUCCAGACCGCCGUCCUCAUCGAGACCCUCACAGCCCUCGGCGCCGAGGUCCGCUGGUGCUCCUGCAACAUCUUCUCCACCCAGGACCACGCUGCCGCCGCCAUCGCCCGCGACUCUGCCUCCGUCUUCGCCUGGAAGGGUGAGACCCUCCAGGAGUACUGGUGGUGCACCGAGCGCGCCCUCGACUGGGGCCCCGGUGGUGGCCCCGACCUCAUCGUUGACGACGGUGGUGACGCCACCCUCCUCAUCCACGAGGGCGUCAAGGCCGAGGAGAUCUACGAGAAGACAGGCCAGCAACCGGAUCCGGCCUCCACCGACAAUGCCGAGUUCCAGAUCGUGCUCACCAUCAUCAGGGACGGGCUGAAGGCCAACCCCAAGAAGUACCACAAGAUGAAGGAGAGGCUGGUCGGGGUUUCUGAGGAGACCACCACCGGUGUGAAGAGGCUCUACCAGAUGCAAGCCAACGGCACCCUCUUGUUCCCCGCCAUCAAUGUCAAUGACUCUGUCACCAAGAGCAAGUUUGACAACUUGUAUGGGUGCCGCCACUCUCUGCCCGAUGGUCUCAUGAGGGCCACUGAUGUCAUGAUUGCCGGAAAGGUUGCUGUGGUUUGCGGAUACGGAGAUGUUGGCAAGGGCUGUGCUGCUGCCCUCAAGCAGGCUGGUGCCCGUGUGAUUGUGACUGAGAUUGAUCCAAUCUGUGCCCUCCAGGCCCUCAUGGAGGGUCUUCAGGUUCUCACCCUUGAGGAUGUGGUCUCCGAGGCUGACAUCUUCGUCACCACCACCGGUAACAAGGACAUCGUCAUGGUCAACCACAUGAGGAAGAUGAAGAACAAUGCCAUUGUUUGCAACAUCGGCCACUUCGAUAAUGAAAUCGACAUGCUUGGGCUCGAGAACUUCCCCGGUGUGAAGAGGAUCACCAUCAAGCCCCAGACCGACAGGUGGGUCUUCCCGGACACCAACUCGGGCAUCAUUGUGCUGGCCGAGGGCAGGCUCAUGAACUUGGGUUGUGCCACCGGCCACCCAAGCUUUGUGAUGUCGUGCUCGUUCACCAACCAGGUGAUUGCCCAGCUCGAGCUGUGGAAGGAGAAGAACUCCGGCAAGUAUGAGAAGAAGGUGUACGUGCUGCCCAAGCACCUUGACGAGAAGGUGGCUGCCCUUCACCUUGGGAAGCUUGGCGCUAAGCUCACAAAGCUCACCAAGGACCAGGCUGACUACAUCAGCUUGCCCGUUGAGGGUCCAUACAAGCCUGCCCACUACCGGUACUGAGUGGAGAGGGGAGCCAUGUCUGGAAAUCCAAGGUGGGGGGGAUGGCCAUUUGUUGGGACAGCUCGAUUGUUUGCAUGCGAUUUUCGAUCUUUCUUUUUGGUCUUUUGUUUUUUAUUAUUGAAGUAGAGCAGCAGAUUAUACUCUGUUGUAGCAGAUUUUUUUUUUUUCUAUUUGUGUGCCUUUAGGAGGGAUGGGAUGGUGAGUUAAGAGACAUGGCCUGGUCACCCUUACCCCACCAUAUCUGGGAUGAAAUAAAGUCGGGAGGAGGGGCUGUUGUGAGAUAUAUAUUGUAACUGCUGCAAUCAAAUUUUGCUGCACUUGAAUAUUUGAUUUGUCUCUUCA